AACAACAAAGCUGCUUAUUUAAUUAACCACUUCGGUAUCUUGCUAGCCAACAGAAAAGCGGAAACACUGAAACUCUUAAGCCCAUUUUGGAUAUAUUACUCUGUGUUUUAAACACAAUUCUGUUUACGUAGCUAGUAACAUUAGUUAACUUAAACGUAAUUGACAAUUUGUUGAAAUUGAUAGUCAAACUAGCAAUAAGAUAGUCGCUAAUGCUAACUAGCUAGCUAACAUCCCCGACCAUGAGCUCAGUAAGCUACUCCUCUGCUAAAGAAGAGGUGGUCUGUUGGACGGAGAAAGAAGCUCUGAGGCUGAACAUUAUCGUAAAAGAGGAAGAGGGGGAUAUUACAGUGAAAGGAGAGGAAGGGGCUUUCAAAAUGGUAAAAGAGGAAGAGGAGGAGGAUGUUACAGUGAAAGAGGAGAAAGAAACGUUUGGAAUGAAAGAGGAAGAGUGGAUAGAGACUGUUAUUGAGGAAGAGGAGGAGGAGGUAGAAGCUUUCAGAAUUAAAAAGGAGGAAGAGGAGGAUAUCACAUUGAAAGAACCGUUUGGAGUGAAAGAAGAAGAGGAGGAAGAAGCUAACGGGAUCAAAAAGGAAGAAGAGAAGGAGGAUAUUGUCUUGAAAAAAGAGGAAGAGCCUUCUAGAGUGAAAGAGGAUGAGGAAAGAGAGGAGGAGGAGACUGAACAAGAUCUGACGAUCACCACAGGAGAAAAAUCAGACUCAGAGGAACCAGAGACGUCCAAACCAGCAAAACGACACGACUGCUCCCACUGCGGGAAGAGUUUUACCAAGUUAGGGAACCUGAAAAGACAUGAGAGAACGCACACUGGAGCAAAGCCUCAUCACUGCUCCCAGUGUGGGAAGAGUUUUACUCAGUUAGGGAACCUAAAAAUACAUGAGAGAAUACACACAGGAGAGAAGCCUUACGAAUGCUCUCAGUGUGGAAUGUGUUUUACCAAGUUAGGGUACCUGAAAUCACAUGAGAGAACACACACAGGAGAGAAGCCUUUCCACUGCUCACUGUGCGGAAAGAGUUUUACGGAGUUAGGCAACAUGAAAAGGCAUGAGCGGACACACACAGGUGAGAAGCCUCAUCACUGCUCUCAAUGUGGAAAGACUUUUACCGAGUUAGGGAGCCUGAAAAUACAUACGAGAAUACACACCGGGGAGAAGCCUUUCCGCUGCUCCCUUUGUGGAAAGAGUUUUACAGAGUUAAGCAACCUGAAAAAACAUGAGCGGACACACACAGGAGAUAAGCCUUUCCACUGCUCCCUGUGUGGAAAGAGAUUUACAGAGUUAGGGAGUCUAAAAAUGCAUAAGAGAAUACACACAGGUGAGAAGCCUCAUCACUGUUCUCAGUGCGGAAAGAGUUUUACCAAGUUAGGGAACCUGAAAAUGCAUGAGAGAAUACACACAGGAGAGAAGCCCUACCAAUGCUCCCUGUGCGUAAAGAGUUUUACCUCAUUAAGGCAAUUGAAAGAACAUGAAAGAAUCCACACCAUAGAGAAACGUUAGCAAUGCUCCUAGUGUGAAAUUAUAUAUUUUUUAAACCAGUUAGUUUUAACCAGUCAGUUUUAACCAGUUAGUUUUAACCAGUUAGGGCACCUGAAAUACCAUGAGUUAAUACAUACAGUGAAAAUGCCUUGCCACUGUUCCAGUGUAGAAAUGAAUAUAUCACAUCAAAUAUACUUUUAAGUUCAUGAGAAAACACAAAUAAUGCUCCAACACUUGUCUCAUAAAUUGUAAAACAAAAUGUUGCGCUUUUGUUUAUGCCACAUGAAAUCAAGUUGUAUAAAAAGGACCAAAAAAUACAUUAUGUUUUUUUUAUUUCAAAACCAUAACUGAAUAUGAAGCAGGCUAUGUCAGAGUGAAUGUAUCCGAGUAAAGAACGUCACGCUGCUUGCUUAGCGAUUACCACUUUCCACUGAUUAGACACAUAUAAAUGAAUUGAUGUGGUCAGUGACUGAGAGGAAUAUGGUACCAGACAUCAUUUUUUUUUUUUAUCCCAUUUUCUCCCCAAUUUUCGUGGUAUCCAAUCGCUAGUAAUUACUACCUUGUCUCAUCGCUACAACUCCCGUACGGCCUCGGGAGAGACGAAGGUCGAAAGCCAUGCGUCCUCCGAAGCACAACCCAACCAGCCGUACUGCUUCUUAACACAGCGCGCCUCCAACCCAGAAGCCAGCCGCACCAAUGUGUCGGAGAAAACACCGUGUACCUGGCCCCCCUUGGCUGGCGCGCACUGCGCCCGGCCCGUCACAGGAGUCGCUGGAGCGCGAUGAGACAAGGAUAUCCCUACCGGCCAAACCCUCCCUACCCCGGACGACGCUAUGCCAAUUGUGCGUCGCUCCACGGACCUCCCGGUCGCGGCCGGCUGCGACAGAGCCUGGGCGCGAACCCAGAGACUCUGGUGGCACAGUUAGCACUGCGGUGCAGUGCCCUAGACCACUGCGCCACCCGGGAGGCCCAUUAAUACAUCAUUAAUGAAUUGAUGUGGUCAGUGACUGAGAGGAAUAUGGUACCAGACAUUAACAUUCACAUUCCUGGCUCGUACUCAGGACUGUCGUGGAAAAUUGCAAGAUUAUGUUAUAAUGCUUGUAUUGCAGUAUAAGGGUUGUUUUAUUUGACGGAAUAAAGUAUUGUGUUCAGUGUUCCACUGAGGAUGGGCCUCUAUGAGAUAUACCACUGACAGAGGAGAUUUACGAUGUCUAAGGGUGAUAAAGCCUAAAGAGCAUUCCAGAUAACAUGAGGUCAUGUUUUUGUGCUAUACCGUACCAGGGUGAGACGGGUUCUCGUUUGGAGUAGGAGGGGGCCAGACACUGGUCUUUACAAUGAGAACUGUUGACACAGCAGUAACUGUCUGCUAUGUUUUAUAGAUAUCUUUCAUACAAAUCUUAACCUUUGUGAACUGUUCCUAAGAUCUGUGGUUCGUCAUGUAGGUUGAGAGGGGUGUGUCUUGGCUAUAAAAGAUCUUUGUACUUUUCUGUUGGUACUUUUCAAAGGUUCAUUAGAGAUAGCGCAUCAUUGAAAGUCAAAAAAGGCCAUUAUAA